UGGCGGCGGCUGUGCUGAGCGGGGCUCCGGCCGCGGCGGUGGGGAACGGGACCCCCGCCGGGGGCGGGCCGGGGUCGCGGCUGUGCCAGGCGCUUCUGGACAGCGUGUCGGGGCUGCUGCAGCCGCGGCCCAGCGACACCCCGGCCGCCCCGCCCGGGGCCGGGCCGCCCCUCACCCCGCUGGUGCCGGGGCUCGUGCGUCUGCUGCGCCUGCACGGGACGGUGGGCGGGGCUCAGAACCAGACUGCAGUUGGGACCCUCAUCGGCCUGAGCAGCAGCCGGCUCAGCUCCAUCAAGACCCGGUUUGAAGGGCUGUGCCUGCUGUCGCUGCUGGUGGGCGAGAGCCCCACGGAGGUGUUCCAGCAACACUGUGUGUCCUGGCUCCGCAGCAUCCAGCACAUCUUGCAGUCCCAGGACUCAGUGCUGACCAUGGAGCUGGCGGUGGCCGUGCUCAAGGACCUGCUGUGCUACUCAUCCCAGCUGCCCGAACUGGCCCGUGACAUCUCCAUGAACCACCUGCCCGGCCUGCUCACCUCCCUGCUCGGCCUCAAGCCCGAGUGUGAGCUGUCAGCGCUGGAGGGCAUGAAGGCCUGCAUGACCCAUUAUCCCCGGGCCUGUGGCUCCUUGCGGGGCAAGCUGGCCUCCUUCUUCCUGGCCCGUGUGGACGCACUGAGCCCCUCAAUGCAGCAGCUGGCGUGUGAAUGCUACGCCCGCCUCCCGGCCCUGGGGGCUGGCUUCUCCCAGGGCCUGAAGCACACCGAGAGCUGGGAGCAAGAGCUGCACUGCCUUCUGGCCUCGCUGCACCACCUGCUAGGGGUCCUGUUCGACGGGGCCGACGGGGCCGAGCCCGUUACAACUCCCCUGCAGUACGAGGGGCCCGGAGUAGCGCUGGUGCUGCCCCCGGCCGAAGCCACUGAGGCCCAAGGGCUCCUACAGCUCCGGCAGCAGUUCUCCGGCCUGGCCCGCUGCCUGGGCCUGCUCCUCAGCUCGGAGUUUGGCGCCCCAGUGUCCAUCCCCGUGCAGGAUGUACUGGACCUUAUCUGCCGGACCCUUAACAUCCACAGCAAGAACAUUACGCAUAUGGGGGACGGGCCCCUGAAGCUGCUGCUGCUGCCCUGGCUGCAUCUGGAGGCCCUGGAGCUUCUGUCCACCCUCAUCCUGGCGUGCGGCGCUCGACUGGUGCGGUUCGGCGGGUUGCUCUGUCGCCUUCUUCCCCAGGUCCUCAACACGUGGAGCCCCGGGCGGGACUGUCUCAUCCCGGGCCAGGAGAGACCGUACUGCGCCGUGAGGGCCAAGACGUACGAGGUGCUGGAGCUGUGGGUGCAGGUGUGCGGAGCCGGAGCCGGGGUGCUCCAGGGCGGGGCCCAGGCCGACACCCUGCUCUCCCACCUGCUGAGCGACAUCGCCCUCCCAGCAGAAGCCCUUAAGCUGCGGGCCAGCCGAGGGGCCCCCGACGGUGGACUGCAGGCGGGAAAGCCCAGUGCCCCCAAGAAACCGAAGCUGGACGUGGGGGAGGUGGGGGCCGGAGUCCCCGCCAUCCACCGCAAAGGGGACGGAAACGCCAACUGCGACGUCUGCACUGCCGCCCUCCGAGCCCUGAGCCGCACCAUCCUCAUGUGCGGACCCCUCGUCAAGGAGGAGACCCACCGGCGUCUCCACGAGCUGGUACUGCCCCUGUUGAUGGGGACGAGUGAGGCGGGCGGGGGCAACCCCUACACCAACGCCCUGUGCCGCCGCGAGCUGUUCCGCCUGCUGCUCGCCCUGCUCCUGGCGCCCGCCCCACGGUGCCCGCCGCCCCUGCACUGCGCCCUGCGCGCCUUCUCCCUUGGACAGAGGGACCCCAACAUCCAGGUCUCCUCCUUCUGCUCCGAAGCCGUCGUCACGUGCGCCGCUCUGGUCCACCCGCGAGCCCCUCCGCUGCCUCCUGCCAUGCCCCCCGGCUGCCCGGCUCCCACCCCGCCCCCGCCCGAGCCUCCCUCGCCUUUCCGGGCGCCCCCCCUUCCACCCGGUCCCUCCCCCGGGCCCCCGGGCCCCGGCCCCUCCCAGCAACCACCUGGGCCUGGCGCUGCCCGGCCCGGCGUCGGCGCUGCCCAGCCCGGGUCGGCGCCCCCGCGCCUCCUCCCGGGCCCCGAGAACCACCGCGAGGAGCAGCCCCCCGCUGCCCCGCCGCCCCCGCCGGCCGGUGCCCCCCCUCGCCCCCCCCCGCCGCCCCCUGAAGAGGCCUUUGGGGGCCGCGCCCCCCGCCCUGCCUUCGUCCACUACGAGAAGGAGGAGGCGUCGGACGUGGAGAUCUCGCUGGAGAGCGACUCGGACGACAGCGUCGUGAUCGUGCCCGAGGGCCUCCUGCUGCUGCCCCCGACCCACCCCGCCUCGCCCGUGGUCCCCCCGCCCGCCUCCGCCGCCCCCUCCCCCCCUCCGCCUCCCCCUCCGCCGCCCCCCCCGCCGCCGCCCCCGCCCCAGGACGAGCCGGAGGAGCUGGCCCCGGCCACCCCCGGACCCCCGCCCCCCCUGGCCCCGGCCUCCCUGCCGGGACCCCCGCAGCUGGUGGCCGAGGGUGGCCCCGGCGGGCUGGAGGAGAACCUGACCAUCAUCAACAUCAACAGCAGCGACGAGGAGGACGAGGACGAGGAGGAGGAGGAUGAGGAAGAGGACGAGGAGGAGGAAGAGGAGGAGGAAGAGUUCCCGGAAGAGGAGGAAGGGGGGUACUUUGAGGACGAGGAAGAGGAGUUCGAGGACUUUGACGAGGAAGAAGGGGAACUGGAGGAGGAGGAGGAGGAGGAAGAAGAGGAGGAGGAAGAGGAGGAGGAGGAGGAGGAAGAGGAGCUGGAGGAGGUGGACUUUGGUUCGGAGGCGGGACACCCGGCCCCCUCCGCGUCCCCGCCGGCCAAGGCCAGCGCUCCCCCUUCCCCACCCAAGAUCCAGCCCGAACCGGGGCUGCUGAUGGAGGUGGAGGAGCAGGGCGCUGCCGAGGAGGAGGAGGAGGCUGAGGACGAGGACGACGAGGAGGAGGACGAGGACGAGGAGGAAGGGCGGGGGCGGGCCUCGGCAGAGGGGAGACCCCCGCCUCCCUCACCCCCCACCCCAGAGGGGCCCGACGCUCCGCCGGAAGCCAAUGGGGAGAAGGAGAGCGGGGUCCCCACCUCCCCGCCGCUCCUGCCCCCGGAGGGGCCGGACCCCGAGCCCCCGGCCCCCGCCCUGCCCAGAGAGGACCCCGAGGGGGUGGCGGCCGCCGGCGAGGCCUCCCCAGCGGAGCCUGCGGCCCGGGAGCCGGCGCCCCCUUCCACGCCCAAGCUGGAGGAGCCGGACCCCACGGCCGCCAUGCUGGCUGACUUCAUCGACUGCCCCCCGGACGAGGAGAAGCUGCCAGAAGCCAGCUCCUAGCCCCCUCCCUCCCCCAAUAAAGAGCCCCUCUGGGUC